GGCAACAAUCAAACGAACGAAAAUCUAAAAACAUGGGCCGAACAAAAUUCAAAACACGCGACGCCGUCGGUGCGCGUGCGCCGGAAUCGGUGCGAGGUAAAGCAAAAUAAUUACAAAAAACAAAAUGGUUCCCUUGUAGGUUCAAUGUGUUUAUAAUGCAUUUUUAUGCAAAAGGACUGUUUUCCACAUAGGGCGACCACCGAACACCAACAGCGAUGAAUCUGGAUUUGUCUCGUUGGAAAUGCGGGGUGGGAUUGUCGAAUCGCUAGUUUAGCACAUUUGGCCUUUUUGCAUUAUGAGGGAAAUGGUAGGAGGUUGUUGUGUUUGUUCUGACGAUAGAGGAUGGUCUGAAAACCCACUUGUUUAUUGCGAUGGACAGUCUUGUAAUGUAGCAGUGCAUCAAGCUUGUUAUGGAAUUGUGACUGUUCCCACUGGACCUUGGUACUGCCGCAAGUGCGAGAGUCAAGAGCGAUCGGUGAAAGUGAAGUGCGAAUUGUGUCCGAGUAAAUAUGGAGCGCUCAAACGGACGGAUAACUCGGGAUGGGCCCACGUGGUUUGCGCACUCUACAUACCAGAGGUACGAUUCGGGAAUGUUACCACGAUGGAACCGAUCCAGUUGCAACUGAUCCCUCAGGAGAGGUUUAAUAAAAGUUGUUACAUUUGUGAGGAGAAAGGGAAGCCGUCGAACGCCGCCGUUGGGGCGUGUAUGCAAUGCAACAAGGCCGGUUGUAAGCAACAGUUUCACGUCACCUGUGCCCAGGGUUUGGGCCUGCUUUGCGAGGAGGCCGGCAAUUAUUUGGACAACGUCAAGUACUGCGGCUAUUGCCAGCACCACUACAGCAAGCUGAAAAAAGGAGGCAACGUGAAGACGAUACCGCCUUACAAGCCGGUGUCGGCCGAGAACCACAACUCGGACUCUAACUCGGAGAAAGAGACCGAUUCGACGCAGCAGCCGCAACAGCAACCGUCUAAGUCGUCGUCGACUUCGUCGACUACGAACGCCUCGCCACCCGUGAGCAAGCGCAGCAAGAGCACGAGUGGCAAAAGUUCCUCCAGCAAUAAGUCGACGAGUUCAAGCACGAAACCGACGUCCUCGUCCUCGUCUUCGUCGUCCUCGUCGCAACAAAAAACCGUCCACAACAGUGGCAAAAGCUCGUCAGACAAGUCGAACAAAAUCAGUUCGAGUCCACGAGGGGCCAAAUCUGAGGAGGGCGAUACCGUCGAGAAGCAACGGUCCGAAGACGGUGAGAGGGAGUCAAGCGGCAAGUACUCGAAGAAGAGGAAGACGAAUUCGCGGACGCCGACCCCGGUCAGCGUGUCGCCGUCAGUCGCCACCGAAUCAGUGACGACGUCCUCGUCGCCUGUCACGUCGGGCGACAAGCGAAGCACGCCCCCUGUCGUCGAAGGAGACAAAGCCAAGAAGCUUAAAAUCGACACGACGCAGUCGAUUAUAAUUAGCCAGCCGGUGGUAGCGCUCACCUCGAUCUCAACUCUGAAACCGCCCGCCUCUCUGGCAGGCGGCGUUUCAACCACGCAACCGUCAUCGGCAGCAGCCAUCGCCCCCGCUUCCGAAUCGAUGAUAUCGGCGCUACCGACGCAGCAGCCCAGCGUAGUGGUCCAGCAGUCGGCGGCGACGACGACGACGACGGCGCAGGCCGCCACGCCGACGUCCCAACCCCCGCAGCCUUCGGCACCUUCGGUACCUCCGCCUGUUGUUAAUUCGUUGGUCGUGUCGGUACCCUUGGCCAGCACCAGCCUUAGUCCCCAUCAUCCGCUGAUCUCGAACCAGACCAGCGUGUUGACGGCUGUACAGACCGUGCAGCAGCAACAGCUGCAACAACAGCUACAACUGCAUGAAAGAAAAUCUUCGCCCUCAACUGGGAGUAGCAUGACAGGUGGUAACAGUAACCCCCCGACAGCCAACAUGUUGGCCACCGCCGAGAUGACCAACACGGGCAACAUAAAAAUCACCUUCGAAAAACAGCCCCAGCAGCAGCAACAGGACGUCGUGAACAACACGGAAGUCGACAUGGAGCUGGAGGUGCCGCCCACGCCGCCCGAAGAACCGACGAAACGCGGAAGACACGCUAUCCACAGGACGCAGUCGAGCGAGAAGGGGGAACGAGGCCGUGGCGGCAAGAAGCGCAACGGCAGCAACAACGGCAGCACGAAUGGUCCGUCGCAGCACGGCUUGGCGCCGGCGCCGGGCACGUCGAAGCGUUCGAGUCGCGGCCAACAUCCCUCGCCCACGCCGCAGCCGACAAGCUUUGCGGGCGCCCUCUCCGGUCAGCCGCCGAUGGCGAUCAAGGACUCGCCGCCGAGCAGUCCCGAGAGCACGACGGACGCCUCGAGCGGCAGCCGAGGCCGGCCGAAGGGCCGGAAAAGUGCGCCCGCCGCUGUUAACAUGGCUAAGGACACGAAAGACAUUAAAUUUUUCCAAAACGGUGUGACAGCACCUCACAUGCUGGGUAAUCAGCUGAAUCCCAACUCAAACAUGGCCCAAAAGAUGAGCGACCACCUCAACUCCGAGCUGGAGGCUCACAGCAUCUUCAACCCCAACGACAACGCCUCCAACUUGAUUGGACCUCAGUUGCACCAUCGCGUCACUCAAUCUACGAGGGCGAGUAGUACUGGUGGUUCCAGCACGGCAUCAGGUGGCAGCGGUUUGUCGUCCAUGUUAGGCGGAGGUGGCGGCAACAUUCCUCAAACGUUGGACCAACUGUUAGAGCGACAGUGGGAGCAGGGCUCCCAGUUUCUAAUGGAACAAGCCCAGCAUUUCGACAUCGCCUCAUUACUGUCGUGCCUGCACCAACUGCGAGCGGAAAACCUCCGACUGGAGGAGCACGUCAGCUCGUUGCUGCAACGACGCGACCACCUACUGGCCGUCAACGCACGUCUCGCCAUCCCGCUGACCGGUCAGCCUAACCAGCAGCCUCCCCCGCACCCGCACACAGUGAACAACAUCCAUCCGGACGUUCACAGGAGCGGCAGGCAUGGCGCCCCGUACGGUCACCAGCAGGGCGCUGGCGCCGGCGGCGGAGGAGGUGGCGGCGGUCAGCAACCGGUGGAGAAUGGACUGCCGGCCGAUCAGUACGGGCACCCGCAUCGGAGUCCGGCCAGCAACAGGCAGAGUCCGACGGUACGACAUUCGGGCGGCGGUCCGGGAUACCCCAGUAGCGGGAUGUCCGGACGGCAGAGCGCCGAGACCGGUGGACGGUCGGCACCGCGCCCCUCGCACCAACAACCGCCGCCCCAACACCUGGCCCAACAACCACCACCCCAAACCCAACAACCGUCCGCCUUCGGCCUCUACCAGCAGGCUGCGCCCCAGCAACAGAUGGUGAUCCGAAGAGAGGAGAUGCACCACCAGAGCUCGAAGCCCAGCUGAGACUUAACCAACACGGAUCCGAGCUUCAGCCUCACGAAACUGCUGAACCUACGGUAAUUCGAAACCAACCCCCCAACACCCCCUUGACUUGUAAAUACGACUCGCCAGUGUAAAUAACUCCACGGGGAAAAUGGAAAAAGUGUGAUAUAUAGAAUAAAGUAAACUAUUUUCGGUUUGUUGUGCUUUUGAUCUGUUUUUUCUUGUCGAGUUUUCGUUUCGCCGGUCCUCACGACCACUUAACAAACACACUGCCAACUUUCGGACGGAUUAUGUGGAUCCCCCGAAGGGUUUUUACGAUAAUUGUAGAUACGGUUUAUGUUUAUAAGCUUGGCGCACGCCAAAUCGACCUCUGUUUUUCUUUUUUACGACCGCUAGGUAAUUUUCAUUCGAUUUCGAUGUGUACGAUCAUAUCAAAGUACGGUUUUUCCGACGCCGUUUUUGCUCAAUUUCGGACGGCGUGUCCAAUCGUACGUGGACGCGCGUUCAGUAAUGGCUGAAUUCUGAUUUUUUAGACUGACUGUUUUUUAGACUGAAAAAUUAAUAAGAUUCGCGAUGAUUGGCAAUAAGAAAUUAUGAUUAGUUUAGACCUUGUCGUUUCAUGAUUUAUUUUUAUUUUUGAAAUUAUGGUAAACGCUCGGUUUUUGGAAGACUGUUUUUUUUGACGUAAAACGAAAUCAGCACGUGUUCCCGAGAUUCGUGCCAAAAAAUUUUUAUCGAACAUGUUCAGUGAUUACUGAAUUUUCCUCUUUAACGAUCGUUUUAUUUGGUUUGUUCUUUUAUUAGUGCCAUUUUUUGGAGAUGUUUGAUUGUUUAGGAUUUAGGCAGAGGCUAUUAAGGUAUAAAUUAACUUAGGCAUAGUUGCAAACUCAGGGACAGAUAUCGUAAAGUUACUUUAUACAUUUACAAAUGUGUAUAUUUGCCAGUAACACAGCCAUAUUUGUUAAUUUAUAGCUGAAUAAUACACUUUGUACAUAUUAAGUUAGUUUAAUGACAGUGGAUUAUUAGUGUGUACUUUUUAUUUUCAUUUAUUAGGACUUGAGUAAUGAAAUUUUUUUUGUUUACGACUAUCAGACUUUGAAAAAUAAUAAUUACCUUGUACAGUAUAGUUUUGUAUUUCGAAAAUUGAAUAAAUCCCUAUUUUUCAAAAGAUAUUUUUGGGAUUUUUUAUACUUUUAUAAAUUAGUACCUCUAAGAUUUUAGAUAAUUCGAAUCGUGCAUAACGUAGUUAUAUGUUGUAAUUAAAUACUGUAAAUUUUGUAUUAUUUUGUUUUGUUUUGUAAUAUAUACAUUUGUAGAA